GAUUUUCUUGAAGCUCCGCGCCAGUAACUUCGGCGCUCGCGCCGAGUGGUUGAGUGGAGGGAGUAGUGGCACGUUCGAGCAACCCCUCGGAGUUGGCGCGCGCGGAGUGGGGCGUGUGGAACGAUAGGAGGAGGGUGUUUCCUCGUGUGUUGGCCUCGAGGAUAUACGGAGCGACGCACGAGCUCGGAACUUCAGUCUCGAAGCGACGUGCGCUACCCUCGUUGGGAUACGCGGUGUCGCUUACGCGCGAUUAUCAUGCUUGAAAAACGUGCUAUGUGUUCGUACAGACGGCAGGUGCAACCCCUUCUGAUGCUCGCUGCUUUUCUCGUUGGCGUCCGAACGGAGAUUGUCGACCCAAACUUUAAGGAACCAAUUGCCAACGUAACUGCCCCCGUCGGUAGGGAAGCGAUUCUGUCGUGUGUCGUACAGGAUCUGGCGGGAUUCAAGGUGGCAUGGUUACGAGUGGAUACGCAAACCAUACUGACGAUAGCAAAUCACGUGAUAACGAAGAACCACAGAAUCUCGGUAUCUCAUAGUGACCAUCGUACAUGGUUUCUCCACAUACGGGAAGUCAGAGAAUCUGACCGAGGAUGGUAUAUGUGUCAGAUCAACACAGAUCCUAUGAAGAGUCAGAUUGGUUAUCUCGAAGUUGUCGUUCCGCCAGACAUCUUGGACGACGAAACAAGUACGGACAUGGUCGUACGAGAAGGAAGCGAUGUAACCUUACGAUGUUCAGCAACGGGUUCUCCUGCACCGAAUAUCACAUGGCGUCGUGAAGACGGUCAGCAAAUUCUCCUCGGAAAUGGAGAAAAAGUGAUGAACGUGGAAGGAGCGCACUUCAAUAUUACCAAGGUAAAUCGACUACACAUGGGCUCGUAUCUCUGCAUCGCGACCAAUGGCGUACCACCGUCAGUCAGUAAAAGAAUCAUGCUGAUCGUUCACUUUCCACCAAUGAUUUCGGUACCAAAUCAGUUAGUAGGUGCUCAAGAAGGGCAGUUAAUGACAUUGGAAUGUCUCUCUGAAGCUUAUCCAAAAUCUAUCAAUUACUGGACCAGAGAAAACGAUGAGAUCGUACCCCAAGGAGGAAAGUACGAGCCCAUUUUACUGGACAACAAUUAUAAGGUUCACAUGAAGUUAACUAUACACUCGGUGAACACUUCGGAUUACGGUUCGUACAAGUGUGUUUCAAGAAAUUCAUUAGGUGACACCGAUGGAAGUAUCAAUGUAUACGCGAUACCUUCCGGUUCUGGUUCCAAUAGCAACACAGGCAAUGAUACAAAGUACAAAGGAAAACUGAGACAAAAUUCUGGGAACAAUAUUUUCGAAGGAAAUCAAGAUAUGUUAAAGGAACGAGAUUUAAAACUUCGUAGCCGAAAGAAGAACAGCGAUGGGACUGAUGAUUACGAAGAUUCGAGUUCGACGACGAGGAAAAGACACUUCAUCCUGCUUGAAAGUCAUAUCACGCUCCCGGUCAGCAUAUCGUCGUACUCCCAUGGCGAAUUCUUGCAAAUCGUCACGGAACUUGGCGAAUCCUCUUGUCAAAAUUACCGCUCAGGGACUUUAAUUCAAGAUUAAUGCUGACCACACACGUUCGCUUGUAUUAUAAUGUAUUAAUCUAUAAGAAUGUGUAGGAGACAAGUAAAACGAAAUAGUGGUCCAUUUUCUUGGCGAGUUUUGAGAACAACUUGUUGUCUUACUUUAUCGAGAUCUCGCAAGUUUAUUCGUUAGCGAAGCGACCGAAGGUUUUUCUCGAAGGUAGAAUCCUUCCUUAUAGCUACUCGACUGCCAUCAGCCCGUGUUUUUCCGUGCUCGUCCUUUUUAAACAAUCUUCUUUUUUUUUCUUUCGAAAUUUCAAGAGACGCUUCUCCAAAAAAAAUACAAUAUAUCGAAGGACGUGAGUUCAUCGAUAGUUUAAGGACGGAAGAAUGUUUGAUCAGGGAAGAAUGUUAUUGUCUUUUGGAAAAAAAAAAAAAUGCAAAUUGAUUAUUUUAAAGUUCAUUUUCGACUACACACUGCAGGUUCCUUAAAUAAAAAAAUUUUUAUUAAGUCGUAUGAGUCUCUAACAAUGUGACAUACGAAGAAUAUUAUGAAUGAUCAAAUUAAUAAUUUAAAAUGAAAUUUCUAUAAACGAUUAAAGGAACCAAGGAAAGUAAUCGGCUUUCCUAAGUGAAACACCUUAGAAGUAAUCUAUGAUGUCUAAUUAAUCCAAUUAAUUAGUUUCACAUUAGUCGAAAGGCUAAUGUAUACAUGGUGACAUCAUCGUGAAAUAAAAAAACGGUCAACUAAGAUAAUUUAUUUGAUAUAUGAAAAAAAAAAAAUAGCGAUAGAAUUUCAACGAAAAGAAAAAUCGUCGCAUGACUUUGAAAAAGAUAUAUUGUAAAGAGAGAACUAUGGUACUGAUCGAGGACGACGAUACUCUAUCGACUUGCCGUGUUGUUUUACACAUGUACACGUAAUAAUUGAUAACAAAAAAACGAUAAGCGUGGAAAAUAAUGUGUAUAGAUUUAUCUACUAAUAUACUAAUUAGCCAAUGUACACAAAACUCGGAUUAUAACAGUCAAUGCUUCAAAUCGCACUACGAAAACCUCCUACGAAUUCCCAGAUACGUAAUUUUUAGUUCACUGAAUGAAUGAGGCUGUUCAUUAAUAGAUAUAAUUAAAGAAAUAUUGGAAGACUGUAUGAGGGAAUGAUUUUUUAAAACAAAUGUGCCCUUUUAAUCAUUUCGGUGAUUGAUGACCGACGCUUUGUUCGAAUGAUAAGUCAUUAAUUUAGGUUUUAUCGUUUGUACGCGUACGGACACAUACACACACAAACACCGACGCAAGUAUUGUACAUAUUAGAAUAAGUAAAUAUUGUCAUAAUCAAUGCGAAAAUGUGCGAAUAAUUUUAGGAAAAUGAGAGCAUCUUUACAAUGAGCCGUUUUACAAUAAGCCGUUCUUUACAAUGAACUUUAAUUUUGCUAUUUGUUUUUUAUUUUGUUUAUUAAUUGAUUCCUUUUCGUAUCUAUAUGUAUGAAAAUUGUUGAAUAAUUAAAUUUGAUCUACAUCAGGAAUUAUAUCACAAUAACUAUGUAUGAUGUAUUCAAAGCAAAACGGCUCAUUCCUAUCGAAUUGCUCGAUGACGUGAAAUUUUUAAACGUUUUGUAUAUAGAUAAAGUAGCACGAAAUGCGUGUAUAUGUGCUUGCGUGAGAAAGAAAGUAGUAGGCGAAACAGAUUAUGUCUGAAUUUCGUAUCGAUAUCAUUAUAAUCUUAUAAAUUAAUUUAAUUAUCAAAUAAUAUGUUUUUGUCACAUAAUAGAAACUUUAAAACGGUGUGCUUUAAAGAAAAUCAAGAUAACUUAUUGAAAUACAAAACUAUUAGUGUUCGUUACGAAACAUUUGAUACUAAACGCACGAUGGAAAUGAAACCAAUAAAUUGGUCCCAUAUAUGCGUAUUCUCAAGAAGUUAUUAUAAGUUAUAAAUAUUCGUAUAAUUUUAUAGUAUUACGCGAAUAAUAUUUGAUGGAUUUGACCUUGUAAGUCUUUACAUUAUCGGACAAUAGUAGGUGGAAAACAAAAAAAAAAAAAACAAAGAUAAUGUGUAAGGCGAAAAUCAUAAGUUACAAUUAUCAAAUCUCUGGAUGUAUUUUGUUUAAUUCAACUAUACAAUAUAAGUUUCAAUUAUACGAAUCAUAAAGCCAAAAACACUUUCCGAAGCAAUACAAUUAUUCGUUUUUUUGUUGUCCGUAUAUUCAUGAUGUAACGUGUUAGAUCAGAAAUUUCUUACUAAUUAACAGAUAAAAUACAUAUCAAUUAUCUGUGUUCCUCAUUGAAACUGACUUGUAUAAAAACGAAGCCAGUGAUAAGUGUUAUUUUUAUAUAGGCAAGAAAUCUUACUUGAGAAAAUUACUUUUAGCAUCGAUUCUUCAUCAUUUUAGCACUAACCAAAUGCCACGUUUAUUUGCUUCCUAUCAUCUAAUCAAAUGUAUAUGUAAUGAUAUCUUUAGAUUGUCGUAAAAUCAUAAUGUAAAAAAAGCUAAUGUUGCGAGUAUCUAUUUAACAAUUAAUGAAUCAAUUCGACAGAUUUUCAUAUAAUAUCUUUAUGAUGAAUAUGCGAAUGAUUCCUCAAUAUUUGUUGAUCGAUAGCACUACUUAUGACGAGUGGAACUAUCGAACGAUGUAACUGAAACAAAAAUUCUAUACAGAACACUACCUACUUUUGUAUCAUCAGCAUUGUAGAUAACAUCGUAUCGUGCAAGAAUAGUGUGCGUAAUAUAUUGUGAUGAGUAAAUGUAAAAUUUGUAAUAAAGCUGAAUUGAUACAAGUGCUUAAAAAUAAAAUACAAAUAAGUACAUGAGAGUUAAGAAGAAUAAAACGAGUACAUUUGAAAGAAGAACAUUGUUCUAUAUAUGGAUACUUGAGAUGAAUGCAAUCUUAUUACAUUAUUUCAUUGAUAAACCUUUCUUCUUAGAAAAAUAUUUACAUCAGAGAUGAUGUGACAAUUUAAAAAGGAGAAAUAAAAAAUGGUUUGAGUUUUACUUCGAAAUUUUUGAAUUCUACUUAGAAAUAUAAUUACGAUAUAUCAGGGAAAUGAUAAAAUCGUAAAAAAUAUCCAUUCAAACUUUAACAUUCGAUCUUUAUUCAUACUUCAACAUUCGCCCAAAAUUUCCAGUUACAGUACAAUGAAUAAUGUAUAUAUUUUAAAUUACUCCGUAAGUUUUGUCCCUUCUCGUUAGCGUUCAUAAUCGAUCUACUUAAAAAUCUGACGGUAUGCAAAUUUCCAUAUACAAUUAUAAAGCGAUAAUAAAGCUCACUGGUUCUUUUUCGUUCGGUUAUGUUGACGGUCGGCUACGACGGAUAAUGGCGCGACGUAAAAGCAAAAUAAUCAAUCUUAAAAAGAUCACAUACUACGAUGCUUUGGUCUAUUUACAAAUAUUUACUCGUUAAAUGUAUUUCGGAUUACAUAAAAUUCCGAUAUUAC